AUGACGUUCUUCAUUUGUGCUGUUUAUCUGUUUUGUGGUAAAUGGAAGAAAACAAAUCCACUCUCUUGUUUGUCUUUUCAGGCUCGGAUAGCAUUUUUACAAGGAGAAAGAAAGGGUCAGGAAAAUUUGAAGAAAGAUUUAGUAAGAAGAAUAAAAAUGUUAGAAUAUGCAUUAAAACAAGAAAGGGCAAAAUAUCAUAAAUUAAAAUAUGGCACAGAACUGAACCAAGGUGACUUGAAAAUGCCAACUUUUGAAUCAGAAGAAACCAAAGAGACAGAGGUUCCUACAGUACCUCAAAAUAGUCAACUGACCUGGAAGCAAGGCAGACAGUUAUUAAGACAAUAUCUUCAGGAAGUCGGUUACACGGACACAAUAUUGGAUGUACGGUCCCAGAGGGUAAGAUCUUUACUUGGGCUCUCCAGUUCAGAACCAAAUGGUUCAGUGGAGACAAAGAACUUAGAACAGAUCCUUAAUGGAGGUGAAUCUCCUUCAUCUAAGCAAAAGGGACAGGAAAUCAAAAGGAACUCUGGUGAUGUUCUUGAAACAUUUAACUUCUUAGAAAAUGCAGAUGAUAGUGAUGAAGAAGAGGAGAGUGACAUGAUAGAAGAUAUUGCAGAAGGAAAGGAAAAACAUCGGAUAAAUAAAAAACACAAAAUUGGUAAUGAAGGUCUAGCUGCUGACCUUACUGAUGACCCUGAUACUGAAGAAGCUCUGAAAGAGUUUGAUUUUUUAGUGACAGCAGAAGAUGGAGAGGGAGCUGGAGAAGCACGAAGUUCAGGGGAUGGAACAGAAUGGGACAAAGAUGACCUGUCCCCAACUGCUGAGGUUUGGGAUGUAGACCAGGGACUAAUAAGUAAACUGAAGGAACAGUACAAGAAGGAACGAAAGGGGAAGAAAGGGGUAAAGAGGGUCAACAGGACAAAACUUCACGACAUGAUAGCUGAUCUGGGCGAUGAUGAGCUACCCCACAUCCCUUCAGGAAUCAUUAAUCAAUCUAGGUCACCCUCUUCUAGAAUGACUGAUCAUGAAGGUGCAAGAGCAGAGGAAGCUGAGCCAAUAACGUUUCCAUCUGGAGGAGGCAAGUCUUUUAUUAUGGGUUCUGAUGAUGUUUUGUUAAGUGUACUGGGCCUUGGAGACCUUGCAGACUUGACAGUAACAAAUGAUGCAGACUAUAGUUAUGAUCUGCCUGCCAAUAAAGAUGCCUUCCGGAAGACAUGGAAUCCUAAAUACACGCUGCGCAGUCAUUUUGAUGGAGUGCGGGCAUUAGCUUUUCAUCCUGUAGAGCCUGUGCUGGUUACAGCCUCUGAGGACCAUACUCUAAAACUCUGGAACUUGCAGAAAACAGUUCCUGCCAAAAAGAGUGCCUCUUUAGACGUAGAACCUAUCUACACAUUUAGGGCCCACAUUGGACCUGUAUUGUCUUUGGCAAUUAGUUCUAAUGGAGAACAGUGUUUUAGUGGUGGCAUUGAUGCAACCAUCCAGUGGUGGAAUAUGCCUAGUCCUAAUGUAGAUCCAUAUGAUACAUAUGAGCCAAAUGUUCUAGCUGGCACAUUAUUUGGUCACACAGAUGCAGUCUGGGGUCUUGCUUACAGCGGUAUAAAAAAUCAUUUACUAUCUUGCUCAGCAGAUGGCACUAUUAGAUUAUGGAAUCCACCAGAAAAAUUGCCAUGUAUUUGCACUUACAAUGGAGAAAAGGAGCAUGGAAUACCUACAUCAGUUGACUUUAUAGGUUGUGAUCCUGCUCACAUGGUGGCAUCUUUUAGCACUGGCAACACAGUCAUUUAUGAUUUAGAAACAUCCCAUUCAGUGGUAACAGUUUCAUCACAGGUAGACUCUGGUUUACAAUCAAAUAAUCAUAUUAACAGGGUAGUAAGUCAUCCCACGCUUCCUGUAACCAUUACAGCUCAUGAAGAUAGACACAUCAAAUUUUUUGACAAUAAAACGGGUAAAAUGAUCCAUUCUAUGGUUGCUCACUUGGAUGCUGUCACAAGUCUAGCAGUAGAUCCUAAUGGAAUCUAUUUGAUGUCUGGAAGCCAUGACUGUUCCAUUAGAUUAUGGAAUUUAGACAGCAAGACGUGUGUACAAGAAAUAACAGCCCAUAGGAAAAAGUUGGAUGAAUCAAUUUAUGAUGUAGCAUUUCAUCCAUCAAAAGCAUAUAUUGCCAGUGCAGGAGCUGAUGCCCUUGCCAAAGUGUUUGUGUGACAUAGCAAAACAAACCUGCAGUAUAAUAGCAGGUCUGCUUGGACAAAAAAGAGGGAAUGCGUCACUGCCAUCAAUGAUAAAGGUUACCGAUAAGACACUACAUUUGAUCUGCCUGGGCAAAGGCUGUAUGUGGGGCAGGUAUAAGUUGGUGAAAAGUCACCACAUCUUGAAUAAUGUCAGGCUCAUUCAUUUAACUGUAAUUACUGUAUUUUUGAGGAAAAAAAAAAAGACAACCAGUAUUUGUAGCCUUGACUGGAUAUGAACUGAGCGUAUGUCUGUUCUUUAGGUGUCUUUAAGCGAACGUGGAGUCUGAUCUUACAAAAGACUUUUAUUUUGGACUCUGCGUGCUGCCUUAGGGUUAGGAAUGUGGUGCUCUUGUGGGGGGAAGUGAGCUCCAAGAGUAGCUUUCUUUUCAUCUCUUAGUGAUCAUCUGUUUAUCAGUUGAAUGCCACAGAUUCCCCUUUUAAACUUUUAUUUUGCUUUAAAGAAAAGGAAAUUUAACUUAAAAUAUUUUAGCAUUAGUUGCACAAAAUGUUUGGAUAAAAUUCUAGUUUUUAUAAGUCUUUUUAUAUAUUUAGCCUGUCACAACAGUGCUCAAGAUUGUAUCAAUAAUGUUUUUUCUGCAUUAUAGAACCCUAAAACACAGAGAUCUCACUGACCCGCUGCUGUGUAACCACACUCUUCCCUUCUUUUGCCUAAUACAGCUCAGCUAAGUCCUUUCAUAAGGAUGCUAAUUCAUCAUCAUCACAUAACUGUCUUCAUAAAUAUAGGACUGUAAAGAAAUGUGUUUAAAUGAAACACAGAGGGGUUUAACACCCUUCAAUGAACUCUUUAAAAAUUAAUCUUGGCAUCCUAUCACUAUGUGAUAUUUUGUACAUCUUACUGUAUUUACGAGUUUAUUUAUCAAGGAUUACCCAUCUUGCUAAUGGCCUAUUGUUAUUUAUUUCACUUUUUGUUGGUCUUUAUAUCCUUUUAUGUAGUGUGUUAAAGGGCCCUGUAUAUCUAUUAUGGCACUCAUUGAACAGUCUAAAAUAGACUAAAAUGGGACAUUUCAUAGUUCUAAAAUUACAAACCAAGGGUUUUUUUCCAGUUAAAUACCUGGAGUGAAAUUGAUUCCAGAAAAACAAUCUUGUUUCAAAACUUUUGGAGUGAAAAAUAUUUUUAUUUGCGUUUCAAAUAGAAUACAAAGGUAGUGGAUUCAAGAUUCAUAAAUCUGCUGUGUUUGGACUAGUUACUCCCUGCUUUUAUUUUUUUCCAGAUGUGCUUCAGUUUAUGGUGUAACUAAAGAUUUUGUUUGUGUAAUGCAUGAUUAAGACAAUAAAGUAUUUUUUCUAGUCUUCCACAAAACUUUUCUGAUCAGUUUGCAAGUUUUGAUGAGUUUUGUAAGGUUUCUGUUUUACAAACUAUGAAUCAGCAAAUUUUUAAGAUUGUACCACAUAGCAAAAGUACAGCUGUUGAAAAAUAAUGUAUAUAAAAUGCAUAUAAUAAAUAUUAAAUGGUGUACCUGUAUGUUACUGUUGGCUACAUUAUUUUGUGUUGCAGUUUAAAAGUGUCAUUCUACAAGUUACCAAAUUAAGAAAUGAAGAAUCAAAUUCUAUUUAAAUUGCCACUAUUUUUGAUGUUUAAAUAAACUGCAUUUAAAAUGUGUGAAUGUCAGGAUUUGAGCAAAUUGUUCAGUUACUAGCAGUGGCUGUCCAUAUAAGAACAUGUCUCCAUGCUAUAUUUAAAAUAGGUUUCUGUUUGGAAUCAUUUAAAAAAAUAUUCAGAAAUUCUUUGAAUAUUUUCAGAAUAGCUAUCCGUGAUCUUCUAUUGUUUCAUUAGAUGAACUGAUAUCCAUAUGGAAUUGGGAGUUGAAUAGGUACCCAGGUUUUAUUUCCAGCCCUGUCACUGCCUCAUUGCAUUGACUUUUGGGAAAUUCAGCUAAAUUGAGUUCCCCAAUUUUGCUAUUCGUAAAGCAGAUGUGUUCACCUUUGUCCAUUUACUCGGGAUCUUUCGUUGAAGGGUGCACUUAAAGUACAGAUUCAGCUUCUACCAAACAGAUGAGCUGAUCAUUGAGCAACCUCUGUAAUGGCUCUUUUUGUUAAAAAUAUCAGCAGAAUAGAGAUUAAGAAUGAAUGUUGCAAUAUGGUCUUUUACUUUUUCCUGCAAUAAUAACAUAUUACUGAAGUACAAAUUACACUUUGAAGCCUUUAGAAAAUGUUCUUAUGUGGUGCCAACUGUGGUUCCAUAGGAUUCAUCCAAUUUAACAAUGAGUAAGGGUAUCUUGUUCCAUCUCAAAUCAAGCAAAUUUGAUGAAAAAUGAGGAGAAACUGUGCCAUGGCCAGCAGUAUAAUGCAAUCAUAUUCUGAAAUUAAUUUUGUUUUUAGUAGUAAUGUCAUAUUGUUUGAAUGUGCUGCAAUUAAUUAUAUUGUGUUUGGAAUUGGAGAAUUUUUUCCUUGACCAUCAAGAUUAAGGUGAGGCUUUCAGUAAUUGCUUGUAGGACACUAAGACUUUUUUUUUAAGUAACAUUCAGCUAAUUUGCACUUUUGUUCCUUCCAGUCUAAAGCAUUCAACUAAUCAACAGACAAGAGAGUGUUGUUUGAAUUUUAUUGGAAGUAAUUUCAUAAUUGCCUUUUCUGACACCAAACAUUGUUUCUGGCAGCUUUUCCAGACUGCUGCAUUUUUAUGCUUAAAUGAAAUGUGAUUGUUUAAUAAACAUUGCCAUGCAUUAACAUUUA